AUGUCUGGAGUCGUGCGCCGUGAUGUUUCGCCGAUGCUGCAAAAGCUGCGCAACUUCCUGCUCGGUCGACAACACACAAAUGCGCUCCGCUUUGAGGAUGGUAUUGCGGCCAGAACUCAGCCGCCACCGAAUCUACCCGAUGGACCAGCUCACAAGCUGUCUGCAAAUCACUACGUGAUCCGUGAUGCUCGGCGCGAAGUUGUUCCACCGAUUGAUUUGUCCACGCAAAAGCUACUGGCGGAAAAGGGAGCGGCCGCAAGACUACCGACACCCGGCAAAUCGUACGGCUGGGACAAACAUUAA